AAUCAAAUCAAUUCGUGUGGGAUCCGAAUCUGUUUAACACGAAAAGCCUACUGGAACACACCGUCACCGUUGUUUCGCUCCAGGGAUCACUGUUUUCUUCGCCGCCAUUUCUGCAGUGGAUAGAGCUUGUUGGGGAGAGCGAGAGUAGAAGAUGAGGAAGCGAACGAUGUACGGAUGGGGAGUGGGGAUAAUAUGUUUCGUGGUGUUGAUGAUCGUCACACCCGCGAUCCCUCAAUCUCAGGCCUACCACGAUUUCGCAGACCAACGCACCUUCUUCGGAAUUCCCCAUGCUCUGAAUGUCAUCUCUAACUUCCCCUUCCUUAUCAUCGGCCUCGUGGGUCUCGUGCUCUGCUAUUACCCCAAUUACUUCAGAUUCAGCCUGCGAGGUGAGAAAUUGGGAUGGACUUGCUUUUUCAUUGGCGUGGCUUCUGUUGCAUUCGGAUCCUCUUACUAUCAUCUCCACCCAGAUGAUGCACGCCUUGUCUGGGACCGCCUUCCUAUGACUAUUGCCUUCACAUCCAUUAUGGCUAUAUUCGUUAUCGAGAGGAUUGAUGAACACAAGGGUACUCUCUCCAUCGUCCCUUUGCUUCUUGCUGGUCUUGUUAGCAUUUUGUACUGGAGGUUUUUUGAUGACCUUCGGCCGUAUGCGUUAGUCCAGUUUGUUCCUUGCAUUGUCAUUCCGCUGAUGGCCAUCCUAUUGCCUCCAAUGUACACACAUUCCACCUAUUGGCUUUGGGCUGCAGGAUUUUAUCUCUUAGCCAAGGUGGAAGAAGCUGCUGAUAAGCCCAUAUACCGCUGGACCCAUCAUAUCGUGAGCGGGCACACUCUGAAGCAUUUGUGUGCCGCUAUGGUUCCCGUCUUUCUUACCCUGAUGCUUGCGAAGAGAACCGUUGAAACAGAGAGGAUGAGCUUGCUGAAGACAUGGAAGAUCUCAUGGACAAGGAUUAGAGGUAAGGGCUCGGAGUCUGAAAGCUACGAAUGUAUUUACUCAAACGUAGCAGUCACCGAGUCUCAGUAGGGUUGUGUUGGGUGUCUCUAUCUCAUGUAAAAUAACAUCUUCCACUUAUUGCUGAAAUGAAAGGGAUAGAUAGAGACACGUUGUUGCAUUGUACAUCGAGCCUGUGAUUUCUUUGAAUAUUUCUGAAAUCCGUGUCGUUUAACUCAUCUUACAUCCAACUGCUCGCUGUUUGAAAUACU